CAUUGUUGCAGCUCUUCCUAUUGCCUCGCACAGGCGGGCACCCAGCCUGACACCACAGCCGUGCGCGCUUUGCCAAGCUCAUCGCCGACCUCGAGGCGCAGGAUGAGAUCAUCGCAGCCGCGUAUGGGGCCGUUGAGACAUACAGUGUCGACAUGGAGCGCGUGAUGGCCCAGGAGAUUGAGAUGGCCUGCUCCGAGCUCGAUCGCGCCUCUAAAGACGCCGAGGCGGCCAAAGCCGAAAUCGAGGAGGCGCAGGCGCGUGGGUCGCAAGCAAAGGCGCAAGCUAACGGCAGAGGAGCGCGCGGCGCUCAGCGCCGUCGACACCAGUAUGUCUGUGCAUGAGUAGGAGCG